AUGAAGUCAGCCGGCCUUGCCUUUCUCACCUGUGCGCUCCUCCUCUGUGCACAAGGGCAACCAACCAGCAGAUCGAGCAGAUGCAAAUGUUCUAACAACUUUCUGAGCUGGAUCCACCCGAGGAUGAUCAAAGAGCUGGCUGUUUAUGAGCCGAGCGUCUUCUGCUCCCGUACUGAGAUCAUUAUUACAACUGAAAAUACGAAGAAAUGUGUCAAUCCAGUGUCACACCUGGGAAAACUCAUUCUGGAAAAGAGAAAAAAGUAAGAAAAGACAGAAGCCAAGACGACUGCUUCCACUCAGACGUCCAUGUCGAGCUCAACGAGACACCACACGACGUCCAGGCUGGAAAACUCCACAGCAGAGACUGCUCUGCUGCGAGCGUUCCUGCUCUUCCUGCUGCCCGUUCACCUGACGCUGGCCCGGCCUCUGGGGAUCCAGUGUGUUGAUGAAGCAUUCUGUUCGUACAGCUUACAGGACUACUACAGCCAGCUGCUCAACCUGCCCAGCCACAUCAACGAGCGCAGCAUCGCCACCUGGAGCUACGUGUGA